UUUCUGGAACUCCAUCAUAGAAAAAAGAAAAGAUGAAACUACAUUAUUUCAUCUUACUCUAUCUUGCAAUAUCAAUAUCAAGUCGCUCACAUUUUGCACAAUCUGAAAAUGACGGUUUUAGCAUUGAACUCAUUCAUCGCGAUUCACCAAAAUCACCAUACUAUAACCCUGCCUUAAAUCAAAGGCAAUUAAUGAACAACGUGUUCCAACGAUCCAUCAAUCGAGCAAAUUACUUGAUGCCAAAGUCUCAAUUAUCAACUUCUCUAAUUCCAGAUAUAAAUGGGGUAUUUCUCACAAAUAUUUCAAUUGGCACAAAACCAUGUGCCAAACUAGUUGUUGUUGACACUGGUAGUGAUCUUAUAUGGAUACAAUGCCAGCCUUGUAUCCAUUGCUACCAACAAAAAAAUCCAAUUUUUAACCCAAAAAAUUCUUCUACAUACAAAUCAAUUCCUUGUAACUCCACUCUAUGCAAGAAUCUUCGAGGAAGUUCUUGCGAUCGCAAGAAAAAGACAUGUUUAUAUUUUGCUGGAUAUAUCGAUAACUCGUUCAGUUUUGGUGAUUUAGCAAGUGAGACAUUCACAUUUGAUGAUUCAACAAAUAUUACUCGUCCAGAUAGAUUGUCUUUUCCCAAUAUAACUUUUGGUUGUGGAAGGAGAAAUCAUCUAAAUGUUGGUGAUGUUGAACCAACUGGAAUUAUUGGUCUUGGGGCUUCACCUUAUUCACUUGUGUCCCAAAUUAAAUCUACAUUUGGACAUAAAUUUUCAUAUUGUUUGGUCCCAUUCUACCAAUUGAAUGUGUCUAGCAAAUUGAAUUUUGGAGAAAAAGCUGUACCUUCUUCAAGUAAGUUUGUGGUUUCAACACCAUUAUUUUUAAAACCUCCAAAAGUUUUUUAUUUCUUGAAGUUAUUAGAAAUUUCCAUUGGGAAUAAAACAAUUCAAUUUCAUAACACAUCAAAAAAUGUUCACGAGGGGAACAUUGCUGUAGAUUCGGGGACUACAAUUUCUUUUUUACCAACACAGAUAUUUUCUGAAAUGAAGACAAUAAUGAAGAGCGAAAUAAAAUUGAACCCCCUAACAAGAAACGACACACAAUUCUUUCAGUUGUGCUAUCAAGACUUGCGUAUUUCAGAUGUUCCAUCAGUAAUAUUUCAAUUUCAAGAUGCGAAGGUGAAGUUAAACGCGAUAAAUAGUUUUGUUCAUAUCGGAGAUGGUAUCGUUUGCCUUGCUUUUGCCCCAACGAAACAUUUGCCUAUAUUUGGCAAUAUAGCACAAACUAAUUUCUUUGUUGCAUAUGAUCUUGACGAGAUGAUUGUUUCUUUUAAACCCACAAAUUGUGACAAAUUGUAACAGGGUUUUGUGGACAAAUUGUAACAAGGUUUAUAUGUAUGUAUCAUGUGGACUAUGUUUGAUAUCUAAAAGUACAUUAUUUGAAUAUCAA